AUGAACGCCCCAGAUAGGUUUGAGCUUUUCCUUCUGGGUGAAGGGGAAUCGAAAUUAAGAGUUGAUCCUGACACUAAGGCACCAAAUGCAAUUGUUGUUACAUUUGAAAAAGAAGAUCACACUUUGGGUAACUUAAUUAGAGCUGAAUUGUUAAACGAUCCAAAAGUUUUAUUUGCAGCUUACAAAGUGGAGCAUCCUUUGUUUGCACGUUUUAAGAUGAGAAUUCAAACUAUGGAAGGUUAUGAUCCUAAGGAUGCAUUGAAAAAUGCUUGUAAUGGUAUUAUCAAUAAAUUAGGUGUAUUAAAGACAAAUUUUGAAACAGAAUGGAACUUACAGACAUUGGCAUCCGAUGAUAAUUUUGGUAUAUGA